GUCACUGAUAUAGCUAGAUAGGCUGGCAGCAAGCCCCAGGAAUCUUCCUGCUCCAUCUUCCCAGACUGAGUUUAGAGACAUGCAUCUCUUUAAAAAAAAAUGUAGAUUCUACGGAGCCAAGAUUCACACUCAGGUCCUCAUGGUUGUAUAUCAUGCAUUUACUGACUGCACCAUCUACUCUCCUUGUCCUGGAUAUUUCUAACUGUAACCAGGUGGGGGUUACGCGCAUUGCCUGCUCUUCCAAAGGUCCUGAAUUCAAUUCCCAGCAACCACAUGGUGGCUCACAACCCUCUGUAAUGAGAUCUGAGGAAGAGAUCUGAUCAGUCGUCCUCAUCAACUUAGACCAUGAACCCCAAUAUGGACAAGUACAACAGAAACUGCCAUAUAUGAGCUGCCCAUGGAGGAAAAAUAGGUACUUAUCAAAGUAUAUGCUUUGGCUUUAAAUUGACCCUACAGAUUUCGUUUUCUUCUUUUACCUUUGACUUCAGUUAACUCAUUGACUGGAUUAUGGUUGCAAUGUUUAACAUUAAAAAACAUGUUGCUGUCACCAAUCUUAUUUUCAUCAACAUUAUCACAUCAUCAGGUAAGAUUUGGCAGCACCAUAACUUUGCAGAGCCAUAACUUAAUGUCUUCAGUCAAAAUAUAUGAUGCCAGAAGGAGAAUGGCAUCUUGAAACCCACAGCAUCUUCUUUAUUCCCAAUAUGUCCAAAAUGUUGCUUAUCUUUGUCUCAGAGUCGAGGAGCUAAAAUAAAUAGAAAUAUUCAUGAUUAUGACAUUUCUUUGAAGCUAUAAAUAGGUAGCCUUCCUUAUCACCGUAUGUGGUGGCUUGCAUGAACGUAGCCCCAAAGUCUUAUAUAUUUGCAUAUCUAGUCCCCAGUUGGUGAGUGUUUGAGAGGGAUUAGGAGGUGUGACCUUGUUGGGAAGGAGUGGACUUGUUGGAGGAGAUGUGUCACUUGGGGUGGGCUUGAACUAUUGAGGUUUCAAUAGCUCACUCUAGGCCCAGAUUUUCUUUCUCUCUUCACCUAUUGCCUGUGCACUGGGAUGUAAAACUCUCAGAUACUGGUCCAGUGCCACCUCUGUCUGCUUUCCACCCUAAUAGGAAUGGAUUAAAUCCCUGAAACUAUAAGUCAGCUCUCCAUUAAAUGCAUUCUUUUGUAAGACUUGCUAUGGUUAUAAUGGAUCUUUCUAACAAUAGAAUUUUAAUUAAGAAAUAGUGUAUCAUUUGUUUUAUGUUUAGCAUUGCUUAUGAGUUCUGUAAGAAAUGGAUACACCUUCCAACGCUACAAGUAGGAAAAUGUAGGACUUGAACUUUAUUCUUGACUUCCCCAGGUAAGAUGUCUAAUUUUAGAGAAUAAUCAGAUACUCACAGUCUUUCCCACCUUAUUAAACUUGAUAAAGGAAAGAUGAAGCCAGCUCAUUUUAUGUAGAAUAAUCAUGUAGAAGAAUUAACUUUUACUUCGUUUUACCUAGGUGAGAUGGGUUAAAGGAGAGACAAUCAGAUAUUUUGCACACCCUCACAUGGCUGACAUCAUCCCUAUUCCAGGUUUAUUUUACUUACCAUCCAUUCAGUAGCUGUUAAUAGUAAUAUUUACAUUUAUUCUUAAAGAUUUAUUUUUAUUUAUGUGUGUGCAUGUGUCUGUGUAUGUCUGUGUGUGAGUGUAUGCAUGUGUUUGAGUGCCCACAGAGGCCAGAAGAGAGUGUCUGAUGCCCCAGCGUUGGACUUAUAGGUAGGUGGUCGUUGGUCACCCAAUGUGUGUGCUCUGAACUGAACUUCAUCUGCUGCCAAAGCAGCAAGUUCACCUAACCACUGUGCUCUUCCUCCAGCUGUGUUAACAUUUCUAAUGGACCUUUGACCGUCUUUCUCUUUUCAGUCCAGAGGUUAGCAGAUGCCAGUCAGAGGUUGAUGGUGGUGGAGCACUGGAAGGUGACCCCUGAGCAUCCAUGGACUUGGUUUUGCUUGUUUUCUGUCACACUGGAAUGAGGAAGGAGAGUGCAAAGAAUACAGAGCUGACUGCAAAUCACAGUGGAAAGAGCACUGGAGGGGAAGUCACUCCAUGACUCAGAGCAUUGUGAUGGGCCAGCUGUUCACGGGCUCAUCUCCAGUGUGUGCUCAGACCUCACCAUGCCAGACAGAAGACUCACCAGAACAUAAUUCCGGCUCCUGGGCAGAUCGAUCACCACUGCAUGAAGCUGCAAGUCAAGGUCGACUUCUUGCUCUGAGGACACUAUUAUCACAAGGUUAUAAUGUAAAUGCAGUAACCAUAGACCAUGUCACCCCCCUCCACGAGGCCUGCCUGGGAGAUCAUGUGGCAUGUGCAAGGACUCUUCUGGAAGCUGGAGCUAAUGCAAAUGCAAUCACGAUAGACGGUGUGACUCCCUUGUUCAACGCAUGCUCACAAGGCAGUGCAAGCUGUGCAGAACUUCUUUUGGAAUAUGGUGCCAAAGCCCAACUGGAGUCCUGUUUUCCGUCCCCAACACACGAGGCUGCGAGUAAAGGGCACCAUGAAUGUCUUGACAUUCUGAUAGCCUGGGGCAUUGAUGUUGACCAAGACAUUCCUCACCUGGGAACUCCUCUUUAUGUAGCGUGUAUGUCACAGCAGUUCCACUGCGUCUGGAAGCUUCUUUAUGCUGGUGCUGAUGUCCACAAAGGCAAGUAUUGGGACACGCCACUCCAUGCUGCUGCUCAGCAGCCCAGUACAGAAAUUGUGAACUUACUGCUAGAAUUUGGAGCAGACAUCAAUGCCAAGAACACAGAACUUCUGCGGCCGGUUGAUAUGGCUACAUCUAACAGUGCUGUAGAGAGACUACUUCUUCAACAUGAAGCUACUCCAAGUUCUCUUUGUCAACUCUGUCGACUCUGUAUCCGCAACUACAUAGGAAGACAAAGGUUGCAUCUUAUCUCCCAGCUCCAGUUACCAACGUUGCUGCAGAAUUUCAUACAGUAUCGAUAACACAGUAAAUAGUUUUACAUUCUUUGCAAAUCAAAACUUUAUAUUUCAUUUUCUUUUUAAAAUAUAGAUUAAUAUGGGUGAAGGCAAGUAUAGUUCACCUAGGGAAGCAGUGAAAUCUCAACAGAGUUUCAUUGAAGAAUACUCACUAGUACUGUUUAUGAAUUUUUAUGGUCUUUUGAACUAUAAUAUGUUUAAAAUAUCUAUACUAUCUUAGCAAUCUUAGUAUACCUUCUUGACUUAGGGGAAUAUAAGAAUUUAUUCAUUUUAUGUUUUUUAUUAUAGAGCAGAAAAAUGCAUACUUUUACUAAAUUUUUAAUUCAAUUAUAAAUUUCAUAUUGUGUUAAAUUUUGAAGAAUCUGUAUUCUUCAAAUAAUGGGUUAACUGUAAUUUCAGCUACUGCCAUUGGUUAUCUCUGUAUUUUUAAAACUGACAAAAAUUUUAGAGCAACUAAUAUGCUUUUUGAAAUAAAGAUGAAAUAUACA